AUGUCAAGUCGUCAAGGUGGCAAAGUAAAACCUUUGAAAAAACCCAAAAAAGAGCAAAGGGAACUGACUGAGGAAGAUAUUGCAUUUAAGAAAAAACAGCAGGAAGAGAAUAAGAAAUUACAGGAAGCUCAAGCAAAGGCUGCUCAGAAAGGGCCGCUUGUUGGUGGUGGUAUUAGGAAGUCAGGCAAGAAAUGA